CCACGUCAUACAGACGCCAGGCGGAAAUAGCAGCCGGUACACACCCACGCUUCUUCACUUCAAUGAUGUUGCCCAGCCUCCUACACAGCUAGUACAACUGCCUGCUUGUCACUGUACGUUUCCGCAGUCUGGACCUUUCUACUGGACCAUCUCCUCUUGGUGUGAGAUUACAUCUUUACUGCAGAGAUUGUGAAAUGCUGCUAAACGAGACUCCACUUUUUGAGCCCUCCCUGCUUCAGGAGCUAGACUGGAGUAGCAACACUGCCUCCUUCUCUCCCCCCAUCUCCCCAUCCAGCCCAGGGGAGGGCCUGGUGCUCAGGCCGCUCUGUACAGCCGACUUUAACAGGGGAUUCAUCAAGGUUUUAUCUCAGCUCACUCAGACGGGCGAUGUCACACCAGAGCAGUUCACAAAAAAGUUUGACCAUAUGAAGAAGACAGGAGACUACUAUGUAGUGGUGGUGGAGGACACAAAUCUGGGACAGAUUGUUGCCACGGCAACAUUGAUCACAGAACACAAAUUCAUCCACUCCUGUGCUAAGAGAGGCCGGGUGGAGGAGGUAGUCGUCAGUGAUGUGUGCAGAGGGAAGCAGCUGGGCAAACUGUUAGUUUCAGUUCUUACUCUUCUCAGCAAAAAACUGAAUUGCUACAAAAUCACACUGGAAUGCGCAUCCAACAAUGUGGCUUUCUACCAAAAGUUUGGAUACACCGCCUCACCCGAGACUUACAUGCAGUGUCGAUUUUCCGACUGAGGACAACGGCAGCUUUAAACCUCCGUUUUGGGGGGGGGGGCAUGGACCACACCUUUAUACACCCGCUGACAUCAUAACUUGCAUUGACAAAUUGCCCGGAGAUGAAGUCGUGGUUGUGAACCAUUCCUGAAUGCUCAUCCAGAUUUCUACACACUUGAGUAAACAUAUAUGUAUGUUGAAGCGCUCUGCUCAGUCCAAAAUCAUCAUCCGCCCCUUUGGUAACCAAGGCUACCUCACCAGGGUGGCGCUCUGUCAUCGUCUUCCCCCACCAUCCAAAGAAAGGAAUGUCAGUUACUGUACACGUAAUGUCUUAUUUUGUUACAUUAUUAGUAAAUAAUCUGCUGUGUGCUAACAGAGAAAACAAAAAAUUAUGUCUGCGAGUACCGUGACAAGAUGGUACCAAAUUCAUUUAGAUUUCCAAAGCAGCUAAAUAAUUACUAAAUUAUUUACUACAGCUUCUCAAGUUUACUACAAAACCAAGUUUGCUGAAGGGAAUUACUUUAAAUCAUGAUUCAAACUUAGUCUCCCAGAUCUGUUGCGUUGAUCAUCAAGGGCAAGUCACCAAAGAAAAUCUGUUUUGUUUCUUUAAAUGUGAUUAGUUAUUAUUACUUUGGAUUUUACUGGGGUCGGUUUCAUUUUUCUAACAUGUCCUAUUUGGAACAAAGUGCUCUAUAUAUCUCUGCAGGAUUUUCUUUCUUUGACAGUGGUGUUGCUGGAAAGCUAUAAUGAAGGUUUGAAUACUACGAGAUAGGAAACAUUACUAUGAAGACUGUUAUAAUGUAUAAUAUUUCUAGCGAACAAAAAGGUUUAUAUUUUGUGAGAUUAGUGGUUUAGGAAUUAACUAAGGUACUUAAAGUUUUGUAUUUGGUAUCAUAGCUGUGAUAGCGAAUGAAACAUUUUGUGAUGGGGAAAUGGACAAAAAUAUUUUUUGUAAAUCAACUCUUAUUUAAGUUUUAUAAUUAUGCUGUUAUUCUGGAGAGCAUAUUUAAUGUAAUUUAUUUCCAAAUAUGUAAUAAUCACAUAAAGUAUUCUACCAUCU